AUGAGUUUUUUGAAUGGAUCACAUUUAAUGGAUAAAUUAAACAAGAAAAAUAUUCAUUUUAUGCAUAUCCGAAUUAGCCAAUUUGUCACCUUUAUAAAGCGGACUCAUUUCUGUGCAGUGUGUGGAGAAACGAAAGACAUUUAUUCUAGGUUUAAGAUGGAAUUAAGGAAAAUGCUUCCUCUCUUCCACGUUGAUAAUUCCAUUUUAAAAGUAGCAGUUCUUUUUUUCUUGAUCAAGAAUUUUUGUAUAUCACGGACAAUUCGAUUUAUUAAAAAGACAACUUUUCAUGCGUUUUUGAAAAGCAGAAAGGAUAUUAUUAAAAUAGAAUUUAAUAUCGCCCACAAACUUCCUCUAUCCAACAAACUUUAUAUAGACCUCAAUAUUUUUUUGAAUAUUUUUUGUGGUAUUUUUACUAUUCCGUCAUCUGAAGGUGUAGGAGUAACCAUGGCUCCCCUACUUUUCCCUUUCCUUCAUUCCAUUUUAUUAGCACAAAACCAUUGUUAUCGUGUACCAAAACAAAAGCAAAAAAUGCAUGCAUUUAUCUAG